AUGCCCUGGACCAAGCCCAGCCUCUGGGCUCUCGUUGCCUGCAUGCUCACCUGUGCUGCACAGGUGGAUGCUAAACUUGUCCAGCGCCAGAAUCACGUGCAGAGCAUCUGCAGCAUGUGGGGGAAGGACCACUUCAAGACCUUCGACGGGGACUUCUACCAGUUCCCGGGGAUGUGCGAGUACAACCUGGCCUCCGACUGCCACGCCUCCUUCCAGGACUUCUCGGUGCACGUGAGGAAGGCCGUGGACCACCGGGGGCGGGUGACGGUCACCCAGGUGAUGGUCACCAUCAAGGAGCUGCCCAUCCUCCUGACCAAGGAGCUGGUCUAUGUCGACGAAGAGAUGGUCAGCACUCCUUACCAUGCGUCUGGCAUCCUGAUCGAGGAGAAUGCUGCCUACACCAAACUGCACUACAAGCUGGGCCUCAGUGUCAUGUGGAACAGGGACGACGCUGUCACAGUGGAGCUGGACUCCAAGUACUCUAAUCGCACCUGCGGCCUGUGUGGAGACUAUAACGGUGUUCCACUGUUUGACGAGUUCAUCUCUCAAGGUCGUCAAAUAGGGCCUAUUGAGUUUGGCAACAAGCAGAAGGUCCACAACCCCAACCUGAACUGUGAAGACCCCCCUGAGGAGGAGGAGGAGGAGGCGGAGCUGGAGCAGCAGCAACAACAGGAACUCAAGACAUGUUGUCUGCUGCUGCUGUCCCAUGCCUGGGCGUCCUGUGCCAGCGUGCUGGACCCUUCGGCCUACAUACAAGCCUGUGGCAGGGACAUGUGCCGCCCCACGCAGCAGGAGGCGGACGACCAGUCCCCCAUGUGUGUCACGCUGGCCGAGUACUCACGCCAGUGCUCCCACGCCAGGGGCACGCCGCCCAACUGGAGGACACACACCUUUUGUGCCAUGAAGUGCCCGUACAACAUGGUGUACCUGGAGAGUGCAUCGCCCUGUAUGAACACCUGCACACACAAGGAGACCAACGCCCUGUGUGAGGAGCACAACACCGAUGGAUGCUUCUGCCCCGAAGGAACUGUGUUUGACGACCUGUCCAAGAGAGGAUGUAUCCCAAAAGAGCAGUGUCAGUGCAAGCAUGACAGGGUCUACAACAAUAGCGAGGUGCUCAAGACAGACACAGAGGAAUGUACUUGUCACGAGGGCCGAUGGUCCUGCAAGAGCGUCUCUGCACCCGCAGUAUGUGAAAUGGAAGAGGGAUCACAUAUCACCACAUACGACGGCAAAACAUUCCAUUUCCAUGGAAACUGUUUCUAUGUGAUUUCCAAGGUAACAUGAUUUACCUGUAGAGACUGUGUUGACUCUAAGUUCUCCAUCUGGGGGGAGUUGGCUCCAUGCAGCUCUCAGGAGUGGGACACCUGUCUGAAGAGGGUGGUACUGCGCCUGAUGGGGGACAAGAGAAGUGUGAGUCUCAACAACUUCCAGGCUAAUGGCAAAGUGCAUCACAACGCCGAUGUCAACCUGCCCUACACUACAAGCGACCUGACGGUCUUCCAGCCCUCGUCCUUCCACAUCAUCCUGCAGACGCACUUCGGCCUGCAGCUGCAGAUCCAGCUGGUUCCCAUCAUGCAGCUCUACAUCUCCCUGGACCAGAGCUUCAAGACCAAGACCUGCGGUCUGUGUGGGAACUACAACAUGAAGCUGUCUGACGACAUGAGGAGUCCUCAGGGGAUAGUGGAGGGCACCGCAUCCCUGUUCGCCAGCUCCUGGAAGGCCCAGAGCAGCUGCCCAGACGCCCCCGAGAGGCUGGACGACCCCUGCUCCCUCAGCGUAGACAACGAGAGGUUUGCCGAACAUUGGUGUGCUCUGCUCAAAGACAAAGAGUCCACUUUUGCAAAAUGCCACAUUGCCGUCAACCCAGAGCUCUACUACAAGAGGUGCAAGUACGCCAGCUGCUCGUGUGACAGGAGUGAGGACUGCUUGUGUGCGGUGGUGUCCUCCUAUGUGCGCGCCUGUUCCGCUAAGGGGAUCUUCCUCCCAGGAUGGAGAAACACCGUCUGCAGCAAGUACACGGACCACUGCCCGGCCACCCAGACCUUCUCCUACCGGCUGCAGGACUGCCAGCGCACGUGCCACUCCCUCAGCUCCGAGCGCCAGGUCUGCUCGCCCGACUUCCUGCCGGUGGACGGCUGCUCGUGCCCCGAGGGGCUCUACCUGGACGACGCGGGCGUGUGCGUGCCCAUGAACAAGUGCCCCUGCCAGCACAACGGAGACUACGUCAAGCCGGGCAAGUCCAUCAACAUCAAGGGCGAACACUGUGUGUGCACAAAUGGAAAGCUUCACUGCAGGUCUUGGAUGAAAAUGUCCACGGGUUGCCCUGCCCCCAAGGUCUUCUUCAACUGCUCGGCCAACAGUGGAGAUGACAUGGAGUGUGUACGCACCUGCCAGCAAAAGGAUGCCGACUGUGUGGCCUCUGCGUGUGAGUCUGGCUGCCGGUGUCCUGCAGGACUGCUGGACGAUGGCCGUGGCAACUGCGUACGCGAGCACAACUGCCCCUGCCCCCGCAACGGACAAUACUACAUUACAGGCUCCACCGUCAAAGACCAGUGCAACAACUGCACUUGCAACAGCGGGACGUGGACCUGCACAGACAACAAGUGUGCGAGCAUCUGCAACAUCUACGGAAGUGGCCACUACCAGACCUUUGAUGAUCAGAGAUUUGCCUUCAGUGGUCAAUGUGGCUAUGUGGCAGUGCAGGACAAAUGUGGAGACGCAGAAGGCAGUUUCCACAUCAUCACUGAGAAUAUGCCAUGUGGAACCACUAGAACGACAUGCUCCAAAUCCGUCAGGAUUAUGUUAGGGAACAAGCAGCUGACGCUGGCCGAUGGCAAGUUGGAGGAGGAGGAGCUGUCGAGUGGGGCGGAGAUCAGCUACACUGUCACCACCGUGGGUCUGUACCUGGUCAUCGAGUCGAGAGAUAUCGGCCUCACUGCAUUCUGGGACAAGAAGACCACCGUCCGCGUCAUCCUGCAGCCCGAGCGCAUGGGUGAAGUGUGUGGCCUGUGCGGCAACUUCAACGGCAACGGCAAGGACGACUUCACCACACAGGACCAGCUGCUGGUCAGCGACGUGUUGGAGUUUGCCAACAGCUGGAAGGCGUCCAGCAACUGCCCCGACGCCACUGACAACACAGACCCCUGUGCUGCCAACCCCAACCGACACACCUGGGCCAAGAUGCAGUGCAGCAUCAUCAAGGGUGCCACCUUCCAGGCGUGCCACAACAUGGUGGAUCCUACUCCCUACUAUGAGAACUGUGUGAAGGAUUCAUGUGCCUGUGAUAACGGUGGUGACUGUGAGUGCUUCUGCACUGCGGUGGCUGCAUACGCGCAGGCCUGCAACAUGGCUGGGGUGUGUGUGGCCUGGAGGACACCAGACAUAUGCCCUGUUUACUGUGACUUCUACAAUGGGCCGUCUGAUGAUUGCGUGUGGCACUACAAUCCAUGCCACAAACCUUGCUACAAGACCUGCCUUAACCCUAACGGGACCUGCUAUGAUGAAACACCCCUUCUGGAAGGCUGCUAUCCCAAGUGCCCGGAUGAUAAACCCAUAUACGACGAGGUGACAGGAGAAUGCGUGGAGGAAUGUAACAUAACCACAACCACACCAUCCCCAACCACCACACCAAUACCGCCCACAACAACACCUGCAUCGACAACAACACCACCCUGGACUCCUGAACCACCCACCACAACCACCGGAACCCCGGAACCAACAACACCUACAACAGAGAGUACCACUGUGGUGACCCCAACACCUGAAAUCACCACAACAACACCCUCAACCACACCACCUACACCAUCCCCAACUACACCAUCCACACCAUCUACAACACCCACAACAACGACCACACCACCCACUACACCAUCCCCUUCCACACCUUCUACAACACCCACAACAACGACCACACCACCAACACCACCUACACCAUCCCCAACCACACCUUCUACGACACCCACAACAACGACCACACCACCUACACCAUCCCCAACCACACCUUCUACGACACCCACAACGCCGACAACCACGCCACCUACACCAUCUCCAACUACAUCAACCACACCUGUGACACCGACACCCACACCAUCCGAAUGCAUAAUUUGCGAAUGGACAGACUGGAUUAGUGUGACCACUCCAAUCCCACCAAUGAACGACGAUGAAACCUAUGACAACAUUAGGGAUCAUGGAAUAGAUAUCUGUGAUGAACCUCUAAACAUAUCAUGUAGGUCUGUCGACUAUCCUGACUUCAGCUUUGAUCAAUUUAUUGAGGAAGCACGUCAAGAUGUUCAAUGCAACCUUACGUAUGGGCUGUUGUGUGAACACGACAAACAAAAUAAGCCUAAGAAGUGCCGUGAUUAUGAGAUUUCGGUAUACUGCUGUCGGCCAUCACCACCUACACCAUCUACCACAGCAACAACAACGACCACACCUCCCACACCACCUACACAAUCUCCAACCACACCAUCUACAACAACAACCACACCACCUACAGUUCCCGACUGUCCUGAGUGGGACAAGCAGCAAAAUGAGACCUUUUGGCUCUGCCACUGCGUAUUGGCUCGUUGCAUUGAGGACAACGUCAUCGAGGUAAUACCAUACGAGUGUCCUCCCCUGGAAAACAUCACCUGUGCCAACGGGAAGGACCCCGUGGAGGUCUGGGAUGAGAACUUGUGCUGCAAGAAACGAGUCUGUGACUGUUUCUGCGAAGGAUGGGGAGACCCUCACUACAUGACAUUUGAUGGGCGAUCCUACAGUCACCAAGGCAACUGCUCGUACGUGCUGGUGGAGGAAAAAUUCAAAGUGCAGGACUUCAAAAUCUACGUGGACAACGUGAAAUGUGCCCCUUAUGAGGACGUCUCCUGCCCCCGAUCCCUCAUCAUCUCCUACGAGUCCACCGUCAUCACUCUCAAGAACAGUAACAUCAUGGGGGCCGCCAAACUAGAGGCUCUGAAGGACGGCGUGGCGCUAAGGCUUCCCUAUGCCAUGAACGGCAUCAGAAUCACGAGCACGGGCCUCAGGCUCACCUACGAGAUACCACAGAAGAACAUCACCGUGAACUUUGGAAUCGUGGGCUUCACAGUUAACCUGCCCUAUCAGCUCUUUGGCAACAACACACAAGGACACUGUGGAACAUGCAAUAACGACCAGGCUGACGACUGCCUGCUGCCUGACGGCCGCAUCAUCGACAACUGCGAGGUGAUGGCCGACUUCUGGCCAGCGCCCGACAUGUACAGCCCCGACUGCCCCGCACCCGGCACCGUGCCCACCGCCACGCCCAAGCCGGCCGCGACCCACCGACCAUGCGGCCAGACAGAAGUCUGUGACCUCAUCCUGAGCGACUUGUUUAAAGAGUGCCAUAAGCACAUCCGUCCUGAGCGCUUCUUCGAGGGCUGCAAGUUCGACAGCUGCCACAUGGAGAACAAGGUGGUGGAGUGCACCAGCCUGCAGAUCUACGCAGAGGCCUGCAACCAGGUCGGAGUCUGCGUCCACUGGAGGAACCACACCACCCUUUGCCCAAGCAACUGCCCGUCUGACAAGGUCUACCACCCCUGCCAGUCUGCUCACCAGCCUACCUGCGAGGACGAGUCCGGUGAUCCAGAGACCCACUACAUCACAGAGGGCUGCUUCUGCCCAGAGGGCUCCAAGCUCUAUAACAAGGAGUCCAAUGUGUGCGUGGACAAAUGUGGAUGUUUGGAUGCUGAGGGAAAUUCAUGGGAGUUCAACGAGGUGUUUGAGCUCCACUGCCAGGAGUGUAUGUGCAUGCAGGACACCAAGACCAUCAGCUGUAAGCCUAAGAGGUGUCCCGUCCCCGUGGUGCCCAGCUGUGAUGAUCCAGGCUUUGUUGUGGCCAACACCACCGACCCCUCAGACCCAUGCUGCACGCUCUACACCUGCCAGUGUGACAGCUCCAAGUGUCCUGAGUCGAAUGCGGAUUGUGAGGUGGGAUAUGAGCCGCAGAUCUCCACCAGCCAGGGAGGAUGCUGCCAGCAGAUCACAUGCGUGCAAAAGAAUGUCUGUGUACACAAGAAGCUGGAAUACAAGCCAGGGCAGAGCGUUCCCGCAACGGACUGCCAAGAGUGUCGUUGCACCCUAGAGACGGAUCCCAACUCUGGAUUCCUGCUGGUCAAGUGCACUGAAAUUGUGUGCAAUAAAGACUGUGAACCCGGUUAUGAGUAUUUCUUUGACUACUAUGACUUCGACAGCGAUGCCUGCUGUGGAGAGUGUGUGCAGGCUCAGUGCACUCUGGAACUCAAUGGAACUCUGCAUCUGCUGAAGCCUGGCCAACUCUGGAGCCCCCCAGGCAACAAGUGUGAGUCGUACACCUGUACAAAGGUGGGCAGCAGCCUGAUCGCCAGCAAAGUCAACAUCCAGUGCCCCCCAUUCAAGAUGGAAGACUGCCAAGCAGGAACCAUUCAGACCCUCGCCAAUGGCUGCUGCCAAGUCUGCCAGCUGGCAGAUACGGGCUGCAAGGUGGAGACGGAGCUGAGGACCAUCUCCUUCCGCGGGUGCCAGUCUGACCACCAGGUGGCACUGAGCCGCUGCCAGGGCUCCUGCAACGCAUACAGCGAGUACUCGGAGCUGGCGGCCACCAUGACGCACACCUGCUCGUGCUGCCGCGAGUCGCGGGCCAGCAACCGCACCAUCACCCUCACCUGCCUGGACGGCACCAAGGUGCCGCACACCUACACGCACGUGGAGGCCUGCGAGUGCACCAGCAAGCAGUGUGACGACGCCAUCACCAACCCCUGGGCCAAGGCCCGGCCGCGCGAAGCCAGGAGCAAGCCGACGGGACCAAUCAGGAGCAAGCCGACAGGCCCCAUCAGGAGCGCGCAGCGGGGGAAGGCGGCGCCCGCCGGGGGACACAGCAGCCCCAUGGUCAAGAGGAGCCUGAGGACACGACGCUAGGGACAGCACAGGGACAGGACAGGGAUUGGAGAGGAGAGGAGAGGAGAGUAACUUUAUUUGUCCCCAGGCACAGGACAGGGAUUGGAGAGUGCACAACAACAAAAACGAUUAGGAAAUACAAUGUUAACUCAGCACUUAGUACCACUCAGUACUGUGUAUACCAUUUGAUUUGAUUUGAUUUGAUGGUUUAUUUCAGAUGUCACAAACAAAAAAACCAACAAUCUCCAAGAAAAAAAAAAAAACAAAAACAAAAGACAAUCGAUACCAGCAAAGGGGAAAAGAAACUUUAACCCCCUAAAUGCAUCCGAAAAGGAAUGGGAUGAAGCAUAGCUUUUUAAACUCCCACCCCACCAUUGGAGCAAAUACACUCGAGGAGGUGUUACAUCAACUCUCUAAGUGUUGAGUUAACACUACAAAUGUUUAAUCCUUCCUGAUUUAGGAUGAUCUCUCUACCUUGUUCCCGAAUAUUGACCCUGUGAUGACGAAAGCAUGAUAACGAUGGCAAUGGUGUUCUGUAACCUCCUCUGUAAUCACCACUACCCACCUCAACGGUAGUUUUAGUAGAUUUUUUAUAUCUCUUAGUAAUUUGCACAGGGAUUUGCCAACUGUCACUUUAUUAAUAUAGAGGUUUUAUAAAUUAUUUUUCUGUAUCUAUCUAGUCACUAAUAUAAUGUGUAUGUCAAACAUGUCUGAAUUAUGUAGAGUUGACAAUGCAUUACUUCCUGAUUAAACUGCAUUUACAAAAAUAUA